UUGUUGCUCCCAAUAUUCUCUUAGACAACCUCUGAGGCCGUCACUAGUGAUGUGACGUUCUGUAUCGAGGCUUCAAAGCUUGUGUCGAGUAAUGGAGGGGGCGUUUCCGCGAUGCGCGUAACGAGGCUUGCUUCAUUUAUGGGAGGAGCUGAAAAUGAUGACGUCCGAAGCCUCGCUGCCCGGCUGUACCACGUGACUGGUUCAGGAAGUGGUUCGAACUUUGCCAUGAGCUAUGACAGUGAUAUAAACCCCUCAGACUUCAUUCAAAAUGUGGGUGUUUGAUGGAGAGUUGCGGUUAGUGAGAGUUUGGAGACAGUUUGGAGGUUUAUGAGAGUGAGGAGAGAAAGUCAGGAGAGAAUGGAGCCAGCUAAGAAGAGAAGGAUGUCCUCCCCUGUGUGGGAACAUUUUGAUCUUAUUCCUCCCAACAAGGUGAAGUGUUUGCUAUGUGCCAGGGAGCUGGGAUAUAACAACAACACCUCAUCCAUGCUCAGGCACUACAGAGCUUUGCAUGAGAAUAAGGCGAACACUGAUUGUGGAGCAAGACCAGGAGCACAAGCUCCAAUAGAUGAAGACCUGGUUAGCAUGGUGAUUGAGGACUCCCAGCCAUUUAGCAUUGUGGAGGACAAAAGAUUUAAAAGAUUUGUUAAAUCAUUAAAUCCUAGCUAUGUUCUCCCCACUAAAAAGGUCAUAAAAGCAGUGAAACUUUUGUUUUUACAGAAUAAAAUGUGAACAGGCAGGACUGAGGCUCAGUGUGUAGCUGUCCAUACCCCAGCCACACCUCACCUCACAGUAAAUGAUCAUUUCCAUUUUAAGCAUUUCCAAAUAAUCAUUUUCCAUACUGCCAGUAUAAAUAUACACAGCAUACUGCCAUCACUACAAUAUACAUGUUUUACACACUCCUUUUGUUGUUGACAUUUACAGGCUGUGUGCAAAAUGCCACACGCUUCAAAUUCAUGCCAACUAAUAUUUUUACGUCCAGUACAUGUCCUACUAGAGCAAAUGAAGCUUCAAGAAGCUUUGCACUGGGGUGAACCAAUUGGAUGAAAAGCUUCAGUGCUUCAUGAAGCUUCAUCUGCCCAUCACUAGUCGUCACA